AUGAAAUUUGGUGGAUUUUCUACUCUUACUCAAGCUGCUGCUGCGUUGGCUUUGUUCAAUGCUGUCGAUGCGUUCGACGCUUCCUCUCCAGGACGUACUGAUUUGAAUACUACUGAAAUUGACACUGGGGCUUUCUUGGGUGACUUGGAUGUCGUCAAAGUUCCAGAAAGUGCAAAUUUGAGUGAGUACAUCUUGACUUACGCAGGUUCCGACAAAGCAUUGCUUGACGAAAAGACUGGUUAUGUCUUGUUGAACAUCACCCAGAACUACGCUGGCAAUGACACCAUGGCCAAGCGUGAUGUUAAGGUUUACGGCUAUGAUGGUUGGUACCAAACCUGGCACCAAAUGCAGACCGUUAACAAAGGUGAAUGGUGGUCUCCAUGGUACCCAAUCUCCCAGUGUGUUUCCAAUGGUCUGAACGAUGCUGAGGCUUCCAUUAGUGUUAACUUUGCCUAUACCUACACCUGGUCUUUGGAAUGGGGCUUGAAUGCUGGACCAGAUGUUGUCGGUGCAUCGAUCGGUUACUCAAUUAGUGAUUCUGUUGGAUGGGGUGGCCAAUUCCAAUGUAACAUUGCACCACACACUAGAGGUCAAAUUUGGUACCAACAAAGAGUUGCCUGGGCAGAUAUUCAGAAGCAAGACUGUCGCAGGGAAAACAAUGGUAAGGUCACCUGUAGUCCAUGGUCAGCCUUCAACCGUGUUAAUGCACCAUUGAAGGGUGCCGACAAUGUUCAUUUGGGAUGUAGUUCUGGAGAGGAUAACAUCCAAUGUGAUGCUCACUUUGAUUCUCGUUUGGGUCAAAUCUUCAGAAACAUUUGA